AAACAGACAAGAAAGGGUUAGAGAAGAAUAGCCUACAACUUGGAAGCCAUCAUUUGGAUCAGCUCACAUUCAAAUACCUGCAAAGGUCUGAACAAGAGAAGGACUUUACUGAGCAGGACAAAAUCGCUGCACGAAGACUUGAGCAUAGAAAGGACAACUAAAGGCAAAAGGUUAAGAGGAGACCCUGGGAGGUGAGAAGAAAUCAGAAAAUGUCUUCAUUUGAGGCCCAGGGCCAGUCUCCCCCUCGGUGUGGACCACAGUUCCCCAGCCUUGGCCAGGAGCCCCCUGAGCUCAGCAUGUACAGUGACUGUUACUACCCUCCACCCUCACUGCCGAGUCCUCAGCGCACCACACCGACAUCCUACGACCUGAGCGACUACACCACCUCCUCCCCAAACCCUUACCUCUGGUUCAACGGCUCCAGCAUCAACACACCGCCAUACCUGGCUACUACCGGCCCACCUGGCAACCCCGGCCCUCCCUUUGUUCCUCAGCACUACGGCAUGCAGAGGCCUUACUUGGGUCCUGCUGGAACUGGGGGUCCAGGAGGGGAGCUGAGCUGGUUCUCUCUCCCCUCACAAGAAGACCUGAUGAAACUGGUCAGACCACCUUACUCCUACUCUGCCCUCAUCGCCAUGGCUAUCCACGGUGCACCAGACAGGAGACUGACCUUGAGUCAGAUUUACCAGUACGUCGCUGACAACUUCCCCUUCUACAACAAGAGUAAAGCAGGCUGGCAGAAUUCCAUCAGACACAACCUGUCACUCAACGACUGCUUCAAAAAAGUGCCAAGAGACGAAGAUGAUCCAGGUAAGGGCAACUACUGGACACUUGACCCAAACUGUGAAAAGAUGUUUGACAAUGGGAACUUCCGACGCAAAAGGAAGAGGAAGUCCGAUUCCCCCUCCGGUGGUGAUGGCGGUUCAGGGGCUCCAGAGGCAGGUGACAGCGAGAGAGGCAGCCCUAAACACUCUGGCAACCCUGCCCUUAACAUUUCUCCCACAGCAGACAGGAUCCCCUCCCCUUCAUCAUCCGGUCCAGCACCUUGUCUGAGCAGCUUCUUAUCCGAGAUGUCUGGAGUGACCACUGGAGCAGCCAACGAGGUGGGAGGCGAUGGGUUAAGCAGGCCACUGCAGAUCAACCUUCCUUUAGAUGGGCCUCAUAGACCCACACAACCUGGAAGCUUUAGUAGCUACUCCCCCAACUCAGGUGGCCCAGAGUGGGUACCACAAGUGCCAGGUCCCCCUGUGCUCUCCUCUUCACCCACCCACUCUUCUCUAGGCUACACAAGCCCCAUCCUCAGCCAGUAUAGUGGGUCCAGCGGGCAUUUCUACCCCACACUGGGCUCGACAGGAAUCAUCUACCAUCGUGAGGGCACCGAGGUUUAAUAAGACAAUAAGGGGGGAGUUUGACUUGAAAAGACUCACUUGACAGGAAAUAUCACCUGUCUGGUCACUUUUGUUAAAGAGAUGUUCUGUUGUUAAAGAUAGUAGACACACAGACACAAACACACAAAGUAUAUUUGCGCUGACUGAGACAGUUGAGAUCACUAUAGCGUGUGACAGCAGAGUAAAAAGGCUUUGAUUCCCACAGGAACAGCUUAGUCAGCCGCAAUGGACGACGAGUGUCACUCCCUGAAACCGCAGUCAGCCUCACUAUCAGAUCCUCAGUCAGCUUUUAUUCUACCUAAAGCUAGUCUCUAUCAGAUCUGACUCAUUAUUAACAGAACCCAGAUCUGAUCUGCUGACAUCAGACCAUUCCACACCACGCUAUGUGUGAUUCUUUGAUGGUAUCACCCAUACAACGCUCAGACAGCACAUUUAGAGGUGUAGUUAAAUUACACCAUUGUCUGCUGUGUGUGUAGACACUGCUCUAAAAGAAUAAAAGGUAUAACAUGUUUUUCUAGUUCUAAUUCUCAACAAUCUAAUGGACUUACAGUCUUGGACAAGAAGUUGAAAUUGUUCUUUGUAAAUGUGUCAAAGUGUUAUGUAAUGUUAUACAUUUAUAUUGUUGGUUUGUUGGUACUGUUAUUGUACAAAUUGGAUUCCUAAUGUAUGGUACAUAUAUGCUAUGUAUGUUGUGUUUUUGAUAUGAAUAAAUGGUUUCAGAGUUCUA